GCGUGUGAACGCGCGCGCGUGUCUGUGUGGUCAUGUGACCCCACCUCAGCCCUCGGGGUUUACAGGAAGCGCAAACCUGUUGUGCAACAUUUCUUUGCACCUGCAAAGCGCGUGCAUCUCAUCUGCGGUCUGUAACACGCAUCCUGAAGUCACAUCAUCAUCAUCAUCAUCAUCAUUUGCUCCAUUCGAUCUGCACCAAUAAACCGUAGCAGAGAGGUUACAGAGGUGGUGACCCGGCUCUCAGUAAAUAUGACAGGGAGGAGAAACGAAAAGGAAAGUACACUUCUUCUGUCUACAGAUCAUCUUGUCUCUGAUUUACAAUGGCUUCAGGCCAGUUAGAGAAAAAACCACAGCCGGGUGACUUGAUCGAGAUAUUCCGUGGGAUUUACCAGCACUGGGGCAUUUAUGUUGGAGAUGGCUACAUCAUUCACCUGGCACCACCCUGUGAGGUCCCUCAAGCGGGUGCCUACAGCGUGAUGUCCGUGCUAUGUGAUAAGGCAAUAGUGAAAAAAGAGCAGCUCUACGAUGUGGUUGGCGAGGACAAGUACACCGUUAACAAUCUGCUGGAUGAAAAAUACGAGCCACGUCCCAUCGAUGUCAUCCUCCAGGAAGCACACAGGCUUUUGGGACAGGAGCUGCCCUACUGCGUGUUCCGUAGGAAUUGUGAGCAUUUUGUAACAGACUUGCGAUACGGAAAGACAGAGUCACGACAGGUCCGGAAAGUUGUGGAAGUGGGAGUAGGCGUUGCACUUCUCGGUUUUUUUCUUGCAGCUGCAGCAAGCUUUAUUCGCUCGAGAAACAAAGAGGAGCCGCAAAAAAAGUGAGACCUCAUCUUGGGGAGUAGCUUUAAAGACAAACAGCAGCAGGUUUUUGGCCCCGUCCCUAAAGACCUCUUCUAUCCAGUAAACAGCCAACCAUUACUAUGAUCUAAUUCCGCAAUUUAGUUGGAAAAUCUGGAUCCAUAAUCUAAUUUAGUAAAUACUGAAUACGAGACGGUUAAACAUUUCAGAACUCAGUUUGUACGUAGGGAUGAUUUCAUCCUUCUGUUCAACAGUUGGAGUGGCGUUGGGCCUGGAUCUGUAGUUUCUAAGCCAGCUUGUGUCUGAAGUAAAAAGUAACAAUAUUAAAUUGCAUAUAAGGAAAAACAUUUCUGGAUUUCCUACCACCAGAAAGAACACUUAUUUUAGAAGUACAGUUAAAAUGGAAUGGAAAACGUGCGUGCGUGUGUGGCAGCGAGGGUGUGCUUCACACACACACUCUCUGCUCUUCACAGAAACGCUGCUCUGUCGCAAUUCCUUUCAAAGUGUAUAGCAAAACGUGUUAAUGCAAUACAUUUCUGUGAGAAAUACUUUAUUUUCUGGAAAUAUUUCAUGGGUGCCAACAAUUUUGGCCAUGACUGUACUGUAUAUAUUUUUUAAAUAAACAAUAAAAAAAAUAAACUCCCAGAGCUGUUUACCAACAAAAGCAUCCAUACAUUUGAAUCAGUGCAUUGAAGAUCUAGAUGACCUGUGUGACUGUGAUGGGUGUAUCAGUCCAACUGGCAGUAACUGGUUCUGUGCCUAGCUUAACAUUUCUCUUGUUUUCUCCAAGGGUUUAUAUGUUGGUUUACAGUACAUGUUCAUACGUCCAAAUGUUCUUUAACAUGUCUGAAUAAAGUUUAUGUUUA